AGUAGCCGUCGCAUAGAUGACGUAAUUUUUCUGUGACAAACUGCCCGGACUUGUUUACAAACGCUCUGGCCAAGCAGGGCUUUACGAAAAUGACGGACCAGAAAGCAGAGAAUAUUAGCUCUAUUCCCAUCGACGAGUUCAGUAAUUUAAGAAUCACAUCCAUAUGGACGUUUCUCACGUCUGUGCAGUGGUCGGAGUCAUGGCUGAUCGGUCUGUUGGUGUUUCAUGUUGUGUGUCUGUUUCUGACCGUGGUUACGUGCAGGUACUACAGAGCUCAGAUUUGUCACUUCCUGCUCAUGGUUGGUCUGGUGUACAGUGCUGAAUAUUUAAAUGAGCUGGCAGCCAUGAACUGGAGGUCCUUUUCUAAUUUCCAGUACUUUGAUUCCAAGGGCAUGUUCAUAUCUUUGGUGUACUCUAUUCCUCUUCUGCUGAAUACAGUUAUGAUUGUGGUGGUGUGGGUGUACAGGACAUUUUCCACUAUGACUGAGCUGAAGACACUCCAGCUCAAGCAAAAGGCCCGCAGAGCGAAGAGGGAGAAGAAUGACUGAUUCCUCUCCCUGCGUACGAAUGGGCUCCAUUGGGAGGCAUUAAGAGUCAAUGUAUUGGCCUUGCUAAUCCUGAAUUUUGGAGGAAGAAGGUAGAUUCCUUCUUCCAUGACCAUAAAUGCAUUGUUCGUUGAUGUUGGUUACAACUGGGUGUUUGUUUCUGGUGAAGACUUUUGAAAGAUGCCGGAAAAAUACUUACUUUAUGAUAUAAAUGGACCACAGGAAAUUUACUGUUUUUCGUAUGUAAUGUUGUUUUAAAAAUGUUGAAAUGCACAAAGAAAGAACGUGUCUUAAAAUUACUUUCAUGAUUUCGAGAGCUCUUAAGUUAGAUUUAAGACGCCUGAAGGGUGUUAUAUGUAUCAGGGAAAAAGGAGGAAAAAUAACUUUGUUAUCAUGCUGUCAUUAUUAUUUAUGUAAGGAGAACUACAGGUCAGGCAUAAAUCCAUAACUGGUUAUUAUCUGUCUAAGAUGACGGAAGAGUUUAUUGACAAAAAUUGCCUCAGCAUUUGUUUUGCAUCUUGUUGUAAAGCCAUGACGUAUUUAGUUUAUUAAAUAAAUCCUCAGCAGGCCACUGUGGUCUAAACUCAAAUCCAAAUACAUUAGUGUAGUGCUCUCUUUACUUGUGCCCAGAAUGAGUCAAACUUGUCUGCUGUUGUUUCUCUAACUGCUGGCAACAGCAAUCAUUUUCAGCAAGAAAGGAGUUCAGACUCAAAGUAUAAAUCCUUUGCCCUCUUUGCCUGUUAUGGCACUAUGAAUCCAAAUGGUUUGCAUUGCAUUUGCAUUGAAUAUCUGUGUAUUAAAUCAAAUCUGUGGCUCUA